UGUAAGUAAUGAGAAAACAAUGAUUUAUCAUAUUUGUUUACAAACUGGAGUGAGAAAUAUAUGGAAUUGUACAAGAACUCACUGGUGAUAAGCCUUAAUAGUAGGAUGUAUGAUGUAGAGGAUUUAGUAACAGCCAGUGGUAUUCAUCAGAGAAACAUAAGAACAGAAGCUGGUAAUGACGUUAAAAGUGACGUUUGUCCUAAAGAACUUAGUCAAAGCAGUGACUUAAAGACACAUUUAAGAACACAAAAUGGUGAAAGAUCUCAUAAAUGUGAUGUUUGCAAUAAAGAAUUUUUGACUGGUAGUAAACUUAAAGUACACAAGAGAACACAUACUGGAGAUAAACCACAUGCCUGUGAUUUAUGUGAUAAACGUUUCAGUCAGGCUGGUAAUUUAAAAAGACACAUGUUAAUACAUACAGGUGAUAAACUUCAUAAGUGUGAUUUAUGUGAUCGACGGUUUAAUCAGUAUAGUACUUUACAGAGUCACAUGAGAACACAUACAGACAAAAAACGUUAUGACUGUGAUUUAUGUGGUGAAUGGUUCAGCCAGUCUCGUUAUUUAGAAAGUCACAUGAGAAUACAUCCUGGCGAAAAAACUCACGACUGUAAUAUAUGUGGUAAAGGGUUUAGUCUACAAGAUACUUUACAGAGACAUAUGCGCAUGCAUACAAGUGAUACAUUUCAUAAGUGUGAUGUAUGUGGUAAACGGUUUAGUAAGCAUAGUAUUUUGAAGACACACCUGAAUAUACAUACAGGUGAUAAACCUCAUAAGUGUGAUUUAUGUGACAGACGGUUUAAUCAGCGUGGUCAUUUACAGAGACACAUGAAAACACAUAUUUGUGAAAAACCUUAUAAAUGUGAUGUUUGUGAUAAAGAAUUUUCCCAAGGUAGUAUCUUAAUUAAACACAUGAAAAAGCAUACUGGAAAUAAAACUCAUGUUUGUGAUGACAGCGGUAACCAGUGUAGUCAGCUUGGUAAUUUAAAGAGACACAUGAUAAAACAUUCAAGUGAUAAACUUCGAAAAUGUGAUUUUUGUGAUAAAAGAUUUAAGCAGUACAGUAAUUUACAGAGUCACAUGAGAACGCAUACAGGCGACAAACCUCAUGCCUGUGAUUUAUGUGGUAAACGGUUUAGCCAGUAUGCUAAUUUAAAGAGACAUAUGCGUAUACAUACAGGUGAUAAACCUCAUAAGUGUGAUUUAUGUGAUCGACGGUUUAAUCAGUAUAGUACUUUACAGAGUCACAUGAGAACACAUGCAGACAAAAAACCUCAUGUCUGUGAUGUAUGUGGUGAACAGUUUAGUCGUCCUCGUUAUUUACAAAAUCACAUGAGAAAACAUACAGGUGAUAAACCUCUUGCAUGUGAUUUAUGUGGUAAACGAUUUAGUCUGCAUGCUACUUUAAAGAGCCAUAUGCGUUUACAUACAGGUGAUAAACUUCAUAAGUGUGAUUUAUGUGAUCAACUGUUUAAUCAGUAUAGCAGUUUACAGAGGCACAUGAGAACACAUACAGAUGAUAAGCCUCAUGACUGUCAUGUAUGUGGUGAACAUUUCAGUCAGUUUCGUUUUUUACAAAGUCACAUGAAAAUACAUACCAGUGGCAAUCUCUACACUUGUACUGUAUGUGGUAAAGGGUUUAGUGUACAACGUUCUUUAAAGACACACAUGCCUAUACAUACAGGUGAUAAACCUCAUAAGUGUGAUUUAUGUGACAGACGGUUUAAUCAGCGUGGUCAUUUACAGAAACACAUGAAAACACAUAUUUGUGAAAAACCCUUAUAAUGUGAUGCUUGUGAUACAGAAUUUUCCAAUGGUAGUAUCUUAAUUAAACACAUGAAAAAGCAUACUGGAGACAAAACUCAUGUUUGUGAUGAAUUCGGUUAACAGUUUAGUCAGCACACUACUUUAAAGAGACAUAUGACUAUACAUUCAGGUGAUAAACCUCACGAGUGUGAUUUAUGUGAUCAACGGUUUAAUCGGCAUAGCAGUUUACAGAGGCACAUGAGAACACAUACCGAUGACAAACCACACGACUGUGAAGUAUAAAGGGUUUAAUGUGAUCACACGGUUUUUUAUUACAAUUUCCCUCUGUAAUAGGGAAUAUCUUUAAGUUUAAACUUCUAUGAUCGAUGUUUAACUAUAAUUGAGAAGAAAAAUUAAUUAUUUUUUGAAUUUUAUAAAACCAAGAAAAAGUUUCAAUUCAUAAACUUCUGUCACCACAGCGAAGACCCGUAUGUAAUAUGGCGUCCAUUCAACUAUCAUGGAAUGUUGGAAGACACAUGAGAACACAUAGAGACAAACAGCCUCAUGAUUGUCAUGUAUGUGGUGAACGGUUCAGUCGUCGUCGUUAUUUACAAAGUCACAUGAGAAAACAUACCGAUGACAAACCACACGACUGUGAUGUAUAAAGGGUUUAGUCUGCAUGCUUCUAUACCGAGCUAUAUGACUAUACAUAUAUAUCCGAAAUCUCACGAGUGUGAUUUAUUUGACCAACGGUUAAAUCAGCAUAGUAAUUUAUAGAGAUCCAUAAGAACACAUACAGGUGAUUAGCCGCAUGAGUGUAAAUAAUUCAAAAUUUGGUGACUAUGUUAAACGCAUCUAUCCCAUUGAACUAGAGAUAAAGGAUACAACAUAUACAGUUAAGUCGGCCUUAUAUUUUGA